CGCCGCGCUGGAUUAGCUGACUGCUCCGCAACCUCUGCUGGUCAGGUCGAAAGGAGGGCGCUAUGCUGCUGCACCUGGUAGCCGAGUUUGACCUGCAGAGGGAUGUGGUUCCCUGGCUGGUGGCACGGGGCUGGGCCGCGGCUCUAGAUACUUCUGAGAAGCCGUCAGCACUCUACAUUCUAAAUGUUGAGAGAAAUGGAAAAAUUAUUUAUACCUGGAAGGGAAAUCAGCGAAAUACUCACAUUGGAUUGUUUGAUCUUCACACUAAACAAAAUGAGCACCUCUAUAUGUUUGAGAGGGAUCUACACAUAAUCAGUUGUUCGGUCAACAAUGAAAGGACAUUAUUGGCGGUCAGCUUCCGUCAGUAUACAGAGGAAGAAAGAGUAAGCCAGCUAUUGCAGUCAGUAACCAAGUAUUUAACCUUGCUAAUUGAAAUUCGUCCUAUUAAUAAUGUGAGAGUCCUGAAGGCUGUGGAUAGCUGUGUUCGAGUACAGUUUCUUUACCCAGAUGAAGGCAGACGUGCUUCUACAGAAAGUCACCUCUUGCUAGUUUCAGAAGAUAAAUAUAUUGAACAAUUUGGCAUUCGUGUUGCUGCAGAAGAGGAACACAAAGUGGUGAUUCAUAACUCAGGUCAGCUUCCAAGAGUCAGAGUAGCAGAUGAUGUCAUUUGGGCACAAUGGGAUAUGAUGGAACAAAGGCUCUUCUACAUUGUUCCAAAGGAAUCAAAGGCUACUUUAAAAUGUGUCCAGUUUUAUCCUGAUGAAAAUUUUAGCUCAAUACUGGAAUCACACCUGGAUAUUUCUAUAAAUGACACACAAUUAAAAUUUGUGAAUUUUGGAUAUGAUCACUGUGAAGACCAAGAUGUGGCAUCUAAAUCUUUGAAUCUUCAGAUUUUUACAAGUAAAGCAGGAGGCUUGUGUGUGUGUUGUAGUCCAGCCUCUGCUAUUGCUGAUGAAAUAACGUACUCCAUACAUUUUUUACAUAAAGGUUACCACAAAACUUUUACAGUUUCUCUAGAAAGAACAGAAUAUCAUCAAUUGAAGGAAGUGGCUUUUAUGAAUCUUGACUAUUAUGUGGCUGCUUAUUUGCCUGGUCAGUUCCUGCACCUCCUGAAUAUUCAGCAUCCUGACCUGCUGUGCUAUAGUUUGUUUCUGACAGGUGAGGAUGCAAGAAUUGACAUGUUACAGAACUGCUGCAUUCGCUCCCUGCUCACAUCAGCAGUGCUGGAUUGCCAGGUGGGGAGGAUGUAUGCAGUGAGCAUCAGUGCCAGUGCCUUGCUGAGCUUCCUGCAGGGCAGCCAACAAGACAGCCAGAGGCUGGCAGCUCUGCACUGUGCCCUGCUCUACUUCCGACUCCCAGAAGACUUGGAAAUGCAGAUUAUUUGGUGGCUUUCUGAGAACCUGUCAACGUGUCAUUCAUUUGACCCUAUUCAAGAAUUUAUCAUAGCUUCUCUGUACUGCAGAAUGUGUGCAGAAACUCACAACCUGGAUAAACUUUUGCCCUACACAUCCCUGCUUGACUGGAUUGGGAGCAUCCCUGGAGUAACAUGUACAACAGACAUAAUCUCUCUACCUGUCUUAGAGUUCCAAAACUCUAGAGGCUUCUGGGAGAAACUUAACUCAAACCUGGAGAGUGUGAAGUACUCGGAGCCGCACUUGCACUACCACAGUAACCUGCUGAGGAGGCAAUGGCGCAGCCUUUCUGAGGAGAGGGAAGAGAGAAGCAGCACAGCUUAUUUGAGGAAUAUUUUCGAAAAUGCCCAAAAGGUGCUUUCUCAUCUGGACACUUGGGACUCUGAGGAAAGGCUGGCACCUCUCUUCCAAGAGGAGGAUUACCAGCAGCAGCUGCUGAUGGGACUGAUGGUUGCUCAGCUAAAGGAUCACCUUAUGAGACAUCUCCAGUACGUAGGAAAAAAGAAGAUCGACCAAAUAGUUUUGGAUUACGUUGCAAACCUGCUGAAUCUGGUACAUCGAAUAAUGAAAGAAGUUUGGAGAAGAUAUGAGCUUCAUUCCUGCAUCUUCUGCUUUGAGGAGAGAGGGAGUGCAGGAGAGUUUGCUGUGUUCCACAUCAUGAGUCGGAUCCUGGAAGCCACAAAUGGCAUGUGCCUGCCUUUGCCUCCUGGUUUUCACACUCUGCACUUGGGGCUUGGUGUUAGAUGUCUCCCUCUGCACACCCUCCUGCACUACAUUGAUAUUGGAGUGCUGCACUUGACAGAAACCUGUGUAAGGAAGCUGCUGAAAGAUCUGGAUGACACUGAGCAGAAUGAGAAGCUGAAGCUCAGUAUUGUCAUGAGGCUUCCUGAGGCUCUUGGUCAAAAGGUCCAUCAGUUUUGGGCUCAUCCCAUAAAUGCCAACCUCAUUGCACGGAAAUACGUGAAAUUUUUGCUGGAGAAGUUGGGGAACAGGCAGUGCAGUAGGCCUAGCCCUGAGAGGCUCUCAGUCCCUGUGGAGUUCUUGCCACUGAACUACCUGACCAAUGUGUUGGCAGAGAUAGAGAAUCAAGGUGUGCAUCCACAUGAAAACCAAGAUCCUGUUAAUGUCAGAUUUGUAGAGGAAACAGCACUCAAACAUACUGUGGCACUUCUGGGCCUCAAGUAUUCCUGAAAAAAGCAGCAGCUGAAGAAAACUGCCCGGGUAACUCCUUCCAUGAAAGCAUUCACACACACACAUGACCAACUCUUUUGUUUGUUUGGAAUGCCAGCUUGUUUUGUGUAGCCACUGUUACUGACGUAAACUACUCAAAAUACUGCUUGGUGCAAGUUUUUUAGGCUGAAAUCACUGACUUCUAGAGAAAUCCUAGAGAGAUUUAUCUGACACAAACCCAGGUUUCCAGCAGGAGAGAUCUGGUUUCACAGGUUCAUCCUGAAGGGGUCAAAUAAAUGCAGCUACAGCAGGUAUUGAAAAGGGCUGUGAAAAAUUGGUAUUGCUGAUAGUUAUUUUAAACAGAUAGUCCUGAAAAAGAUAAUCCAUAAACUGGGCACUGUUUACUCAUUUAGAUUCAUAAAACGAUUUCUUGCUGUGGCCAUGUGCUACAAUCCUCCUGCCUUUGAGCUGGUCCCUUUUGGAAUUAUCAUGAAAUAGCAUCCUAAAAAGCAUGUGACAGGAUUUUGUUUUGUUGAAGAUAUGUGAAAUUUGUUGUAAGCAAUACAGGGUAAGAAAAAAGCUCUUCAGAAAUUUACCUUAACUGUGCCUUCAACAGAUUCUUACUCAAUUUUUCUGUUACAACUUUUAGUGUUACAGUUCCAGCUUCAUUUCUUUUUGAAGCUGAUGGAGGUUGGUUUUCCUUAAUUUUCUACUUUUAUGUAUAUAUAACUGAGCCAGUGUUGUUUGCUUUUGUUAGUUUUAUGUUCUGGACUGUGCCAUUAAUUUAAAAUAGUAGAUUGCUAUGCAGAGAGAAUCUGAAGUUCUGAUGUAAGAUUGCUGCAGUCUUUGCUGGAUUUAAAACAACUCCAUCAAAACUUGCUGAUACUGAUAGAUUUUUAAGUUGUUUCAACAACAGCCCCUGAUAUUCUCUUAGAACAGUGUCCACAGCUGCUCCCUGUUCCUUACCAGUGAAAUAAAAUGACUUGGUAAGUUGGUGGUCAUUCCCUUGUCAUUACCAUCAGUGGAGAGUUUCAUUUUCGCAGAGUUUUUCUCAAUAUAAUCUGUCUGGCAAGUGUAAACUCCAGCCAAGCCUGCAGCAAGCGGGGUGGGUGUGUUUGUGUGAGUGGUGGGGACUCUAUUUCUAUUAUAUUAAUAAGAGAAGAUUUUGUAACCUUUUUUGUUUUAAGGAAAUGUAUUAUAAAAUAUAACUGGGUACAAUAAAACCUCACCUGGAAACAAAAGAGCCUUAGUAUGACGACCUCUCAUUUU